GUCGGCUUCUCCACACCCGCACCCUCUCGCUCGGGGGUGCGUUCAGUCAGCUUCGAGCCGCGAGUGGGGUAAGUUGCGCGCGCGCCGGCUCGCUGGCCCUUCGCAGAGCGAGGCACCCAACGCCGCCCCGCGUGCAUCACUCACUCUCGUCCGCCGAUAACGAGAAGUACAACCCCCGACGAUCGGCGCAUCGUCGCGCGCCGAUUCAACCGGCGCGGCGCGGCGCGCUCGCGUAAAAACAGGUUCGCGAGGAUCGAGAACGCGCGGCGCGAUCGAAUGCAUCGUGAUCGCUCGAUCGCCUAUCGCGAGCUUCUCUCCGGUCUGGCUUGCGCCUUUUAAGUUGCUCUUUCUUUCGCGAGGGACUCGCCCUCGAACUUGAUGACGACGACGACGACAGAAGAAAACGGCAUCGGUGGUAGAGUCGCGCGACGCAUGUGAACGCGGGCGGGCGGGCAGCUUCAUCAUGCUGAGAGAUAAAAGGAUGUCGCCGUGAUGUUACAUCGAAGCGCUUCGUCGCGGCGCCGACGAGCGUCGCCAAACGUGGCAAACUCGAGCCAGUCGGCACCUUCGACGAUGCGAGGUCGACGAGCGAGUGUAGCGACUGACAAACCCCUCAUCUUGCCACCAACUAGCCCUGGACCGAUGGAAAGACAACGGUCGCCGAGGGGUAGCAUGGUGCCGAAUAUCGCUCUAGAUACCGAGAGCGACUCCCCCGAUGAGGGAGGAAUCUGUCGCAGGAUCCUACCGGAUCCUGAACAAUACGGCACCGGUCGCAACUCCCUGGCACCCGAGGCGAGCCGCAGUCCGCGAAACUCUCUAAUACCUGACGAUUACUGCAGAAGUCCGCGGGGCUCCCUAAUACCGGACCCGAGCAGGAGCCCACGCAAUAGUCUAGUACCAGACAUGGUGCGAUCACCGCGGAACAGCCUGACGCCGGAAAUUUCUCUUAGUCCGCGUCACUCUCUGGUGCCGGACUUGGCACUCAGUCCGAGAAAUUCCCUGGUGCCGGACGUGGCCUACAACCGGAGUCCAAGGAACAGUAUGGUGGCAGUUGGUGGCUCUAGAAUAUCCCUCUUACCCGAGAAUGGUAAUGCGAUCGCCGCUAAUCGCAGCCCCAGACAUUCGUUGGUGCCGGACUCGACGAGAAGUCCACGAGGCAGCAUGGCUAAUCUGGACUUCGAUCGAAGUCCGCGCGGCUCGAUCUGCCCGGAACUGCACAGAACGCCCAGGGGCAGUAUCACGCCCAUGGAAGUCGUGGACAGAACUCCGCGUGGUUCGAUAGCCUCGGAGUGUCUGAACCAGAGUCCCCGCGGUUCCAUCGUGCCCGAUCCCACCAGAUCGCCCAGAGGAUCGAUAGUGCCGGACCCGAAUCGAUCCCCGCGGGGAUCGAUAUGCCCGGAGGGCAGCAACAGAAGCCCGAGAGGAUCGAUCGUACCGCACGAUCAGACGAACCGAUCGCCGCGCGGAAGUAUAGGCAUGAACGACGCCGACAGACAUUCGAGAGGUUCUCUCGGAGCCAUCAACGACGACGAAAACAGGAGUCCCAGAGGCAGCGUCGGGCCUGAGGGGAUCAAUAGAAGUCCUAGGGGUAGUCUCGGAGGACAUCAAGACAGACGGGCGCCGAGAGGCAACCUGGGCUUGCAAGAUCCUAGAAGAGCUUCCGCGGAUCAGGGGAGCACGAGAAACCGAAGUUCCUCACCCUAUCGCCAAAGAGAAGUGAGCUCGGGAAGCGUUAGAUCGGGCGGAAGCGGUGGCGCACAGGUCAAUCUGGGAUAUGGAACGAACGCCUGGGCCGAUUCUAGGCGAGCCAGCAGCUCUGUGUCGCAGCUUUCAGGCGAUGAGUCGCGUCGGCUUUGCGCUAGCGGCGCGAAAGCACCUGAAAAGGGCGUUGCGGAAGCUGCGAAUCUCGGUGUGGCGACCUACGGUUCAGUUGUGUUUCAGCUGAAAGACGCCCACCUUGAGGCAAACGGCAUCUGUGACUUCGUCUUUCGCGCUUUGAGAGUCAUCAGCAAGACGAUGACGUUCACCAUAUGUCUGACCUGUUUGUCCACUGUGCCUAUAUUGAUGUUCAUCUUCGGUGUGCAGUUCAUUAAGGAUUGCCCUAAAGAGCCAUAUAUUCCCGUGUACAUGCUGAUCGGGGGAGUUUUGGGCGUCGUGCGUAUGUUCUGGGCGCUGUAUUCGCAGAUACGCUCCCGGAGACCAGAAGUCUUGUCCGUUCCCGGCGUCAGACCCCACGUCUCACCUAUGAAAUUACUCUCCAUAGCUUUAUCGUGCUUCCUGGUCGCGUGGUUCGUGUUGGGACAUUACUGGAUACUGCAUAUAAUGUGGCCAGAAUACGAACUCUCGUUGUACGCGCCCAAUAAGUGGUGUCACAAGACGCUUUAUAUUUUUUCUUUGGUUCACCUGUGCGUAAUAUACACGGUUUUAUUUGUAAUAUUAAUAGUGGCGGUCGGUCUGGCUUUCUGCAGAAUUCUGGAAUGCCCUUUACCAGAAAGAUACAAAUAACCACGGCGAUCCGUUCGUCAGAAAAUCCGUGAAAAGAAGAAAAAGAAGUUUGCGGCCGGAGUAGGCAGUUGGAGUUUAGAUAGACGCAAGGUUCUGGAGGAUCUGGAGGAGGAAGAAGAUGACGAGGACAAUGGUACGCGGAGCGAUGUCGAGCUGGAUGAGGACAGUUGCAGCAACAAGAUCGUGCAAGAGGUCAAGUAUUGUAGUAAAGUGCAGUUUCGCGCACCGGAUAUCAUCCAGCUGUGAUGAAUAAACGAUGCCGUGGCGGAAGGAUUCCGAAGACGAAACGCCGGCAGGAAGAGCGACUCGUGAUCUCGAAAACUUCUCCGGGCUAACGAGAACACUGGCCGCGGGGGCAGGAUUUGCGAGAUGAAAGGGGAUAGUGAACGGAAACGGAUAACGAGAUAACGUGAAAGGAAAGCGCCCGCGCCGCCGAAGGUCGACAGAGGGUGUAUCACUUUCGUGAAUAAUCGAGUCUCGACUCUCUCGACACGUGCGAGAUCCCGGGACGAAGUCUAUGCAGAGACGGGAAAUCCAAGUGACGGAAACAUAUCAGCGUAGAUCCGGAUCGAUCGCGAAGGAAUUAUCUCCCGGCGGAUGAAGACGAGUACAAUGGAAUGAAAGCCGGUAACCGUGACUCGAUUUAUCCCAAUUAAUUCGUAAAAUAUGAGAGAGAAGUAAAUCCCGCGAUAACAUUGAAGCAUUGUUAAACGCACGACGAAAACGUAUUGAUUUUCAGUGACACGAUCCUUUUUAAGAUGUUGAUUAAAAUAUUGGCGUCAAGUUCUUAUUGUGCUGUUUUCAAUUUCAUAUAAAUGCGCAUAGCAGGGAGUUUACAUAAAUUUCAUUGGAUUCAAACAGAUGCGCGAUAAAGGAAAUCUGCAGCGGCAAAGGGAAACAGAAUGAAACUUUCAUCGGCGAAAGAAGAUUACCCGAGGAAUGCUCGUAAGAAUGAUACUGGAUUGAAGCGCAUCCUUGCAGAAUAUUUUCCAAAGGAUUUCGUCCCCGAAGCGCCACAUCGAUCUGAAUCGUGUUCCGACUGCGGUGCGGAGGAGGAAAUCGAAUACGGAGAUCUCCGGUCGUAUCAAAACAAGGAUCUCCAAUUAAUCGCUUUCGUCUUUCUUUUUUUUUACGCGCCAAUUAAAUGCAGAAAUUGAAUUUCGAAGCACGUACAUAACUUGAUUGAAUUAAAACGACCAAGCAAUAUAUUUUCUUUUCCACUGGAAAUAUUUGCCAAGAAACUCAACGUCGUUUCAAUAUCGAUUACGUGUGAAUAAUUGCCAGGUCAGCAAUCAUCGAUCUUCCGAUUAUUUUAAUUCAUCCGACAACGUAACAGCUUAUUGAUUUUUAUUGCGUAACUUCCAGCGAGAGAAUGCAAAUAAGCUGAGAGAAAUGUAUUCUCCUUAUUCCAUCAUAAUUAAUUAUGAAAACUUUGACCAAAAUGAAUAUUUCCAAAUAAAUUGAUUCAGCAAGACUUCUUGACAAUUGAGAUUUCUAGCUCAAGUUCUGUUAAUUCCUACGUAGAUACGCCCCCGCGGAGAACGCGUAACAAACUCGACGAACGCUUGAAGACUGCACGAAGUUGGAGAAUUCGCGGAAAUCCUACGACUGCAGUUUUACAACGGCGUAAUGCCUCGCGUAAAGUUGUGGCUCGCUCAAACGUGAACAACUUACGAUUUCGUGUUAUUUCGUGCUAUUAUUUCGAACGCCUGAAGGAGCGAAGAAAUAGUGAAAAACCCGACACACGGAGGAGAACGAAACCAGGUAUCGACUUAUCGAGCGGUGACGACCACGACGACCACGAUGACGACGCCGACGCCGACGCCGACGACGCCGACGACGACGACAACGACGACGACGACGACGACGACGACGACGACGACGAUGUGUCUCUGCCGGCCGACUCGACGCGCAAAUCCGCUUCAUUGAAUCAAGUCUGGCGAAAAUAGUUAUACGGCAACUGACCGCGGCAACUGAGUUCCUUUCUUCGUUUAGUGACGGAAGUGAUAUCGAGAUUAUUUGUCCCGGUCAUUCGAUGUUCUUCGGCGUCGUGAGGACAAUACCCGUGCGGAAUUUCGCGUGCGAGAGAUACGAAAUUUAAUGCUCGUCCGCGAGAAUACACAGCCGCAAUUUAACCGUAAACCGUGUUGAAGUUCUUGAUCGUUUUCCUUCCGAUAAUAUCGAGCGUCGGCCGAAGGUAAGUAGGAGAUGUUUAAAUGGAAUGAUUGAGGAUGUUUUAACAUGAAAUGAAGCAUAUAAAUUGGAGACAUCUUUUUUUCUUCGUUUCUUGUCCCUCUCUAAAUCAAACUAUUAAAAAAAACCCGCAAUUUUUCAAGCUCAUCUUUUUUUAAGGAAAGAAUAUAGAUACUUUAAAUUAAAUGGCAGAGGCAUUUUCAAUCUUUGCAUUUUAUACGAAACAUUUAUAACGCAAUAUUCUCACUUCUUUUAUUCGCUACCGCGUUCAAAUCACUUCUUGGAGCCUUCGUUUAAAAUAGUCUGUCAAAUGUUUGUGAUAUGUCAGAAUAAAAAAAGGAGCGUUUCGUCGCCUUUCAAAAGGAACCAAGCGCACCUCGGAACUAGCUGCUACGUAGCUACGUAUUAUCGACUAGUACUCCAAUCUUAAUGCGAUCAACUAAUUAAUAUACUCGUGAGUAAAAUUUUUCGAUCAUGAAAUUUUGUUGUUACGAAUAGGUUCCCGCACACUUGCUGCACAGAUAAACGGAUAUGCUCGCACAUGCGUACUACUUUUUUACAAACAUUUGUACCGCCGAGCAUAACAUCCACAGAUCGUUGCCGUUCUCGCCUCGGCUCUUCGAAUUCCACGAGAUAACAAUGUAAAUAGUAUAAUUCUCGCGUUAUUAUUUGAGAAAUAGCGCAAUUAACGGGAUAGAAAUUAACGAACCAAUUAAUGAUACGCGUCCAACGUUCUCGCUAAAACUUUACCUUGGUUCAAUGCUCAAAUACGCUUCUCUUCAGAGACUCGACAAUUAACUGUUUUUUUUUUUUUGUAAAAAUAUUGUUUUCCGAUUAUUUCCUCACGAAAAAAAAGAGAAAGUGGCGAAAGCACAAGAACGAGAAUUCAGCGAAAGAGAUUGUAUUGAUCAUGCUGAUUUCAGGAAUGAUAGACGAACAAAAUAACAGAGUGGUCGAGUCAAAGUUGAAAGCCUCUGCUUCAAAUAAGAUGUAAAAAUUGAUGGGUUGCGAUCAGAAUGCAGAUUAAAUUGAGCGAAAGUAGGUCAGUGAGCGGGUUUCUCAGUAAAAAUGCGAUUCAUCCUGCAAUCCCUUUCGUUCGCAGGUGGAUAUAUGCGUGGAAAAUAUUCUGACGUUAUAAAAGUUAUUAAUUACUGAACAAAACGGUACGCAUGUCAAAAUAUCAAAUGUAUAAAUGCUUAUAAACAUACCGUAAUCCCACUAAAAAAAAUUUAAUCCUGGAGUGCUACCGUAAGUGACUUUUCAUCCAGGGGCUAAUUCAAGUAUUUGCUAUUAAAUAGCAGUGCUAGUUAGGAGCUUUUGUGGUUCCAUCUAUAUUUCUUCUUUAAUGUCUCUAGUUGCAGACAGUAUCAGAUCCACACUACGUUCUUUAUGACCUGUAAUUUAAACUUGCCUGUGUGAAUAUUGACCCACAAUACUGUUAAUGUAAUGUACUUUUUUCUAUUCAUAAUUUUUUUGCAUUAUACAUUGUAUUUUGUCUGCGCGUUUGUUUUUAUGAACUAAUAAACUAUUUAAAAUGGAUACAGAAAUAUAAACAAUUCAAUAAAUUUUAAAUAAAUCGUGUGAUAAUUUCUAUAAUUGUAACAGUGAAAAUAAAGAUGUCAGAAUAUAAUUUUGAAUAGAAAAUAAAUCGAUAUAUAAUUAUUGUUCUCGACAUUCAAAUAAUUAACUUAUUUCAUUCAAAAAGACAAACAAAAUCAUUUAUUAGUUGAAUGUUAGCAAACAGGAAGUUGCUUUUCCACUUCCAAUUCCUUUUCCUAGAUGCCAAUGGCGGUAUAAUAUUGAUUAGAAUUCGAGUUACCAAGAUUUAAAAUAAAAAAAUCUAUAAAGAUCUCCUAAGACUUAAUGGGUUACAACAUUUGAUAAUAUUAAUAUUAAAUUUCAAAUUUCAUUUAUAGCGCUAGUUCAGUUCUAGUUCAUCUUGCAACCCAUAAACUAAACAUAAAAAAGUGCAAGAAAAAUUUAAUUACGUAAGUGAAUUUUCAUCCAUAGUGUUAACAUUAGAAAAAUAUGAGUAGCACUUUAGGGUUAAAACGUAGAAUGUGUCAAUUUUGAGAUUCAAACCAUUUUCCAAAUUACAAAACUUAUCGCAAUAUAUUUCGCGCGUAAACUCGCUUUAGCUUACGAUGAAAAUGCACAUCUCUAAAUUUGAAGGCUUUAUAAUUAGGCCGACGGUACAUUUCAUCCCGUCGACGCACCGUGUGAUGCGCGUUAUGCACGCAUCUCGAGCAUCCUGCGUAAAGGACUUCGAUCCAGGCGUCCUUUUGCGAUUACGACGCGGCCGAUCGCGCCUCAGUGCAAAACAAUGUCGAAGAAAAAAAUAGAUUGAGAGAGAAGAAGGAGAGGAAAGGAACAAUGCGUCAAUUAAAUCAGCACGUCAGCAAGCUUCGCUCUAAGCGUUGAGUGCAAAAGCGUCUUUCGCGAGGGCGGAUUUUGCAUUAUUACAUAGAUACCGAGAGCAGUGAUUGUAGACAUAUAAAGAUCAGACAUUAAAAACACUUUUAACGUCAACGAAAAUUUCAUCGGGAAUGCGCGAAUGUGCUCAAAUCUAUAGCGACAGAAGACGUACAUAUUUUUGCACGUGGAUAUUACAUGGGUAUUCGUACGUUCGUUUAGCUGAAUGUUCUCAGUUCUAUCGCGAUUUGACCUUUUGGAAGGAUAAUUUGUAUAGUUUUUUUACAUAGAAGUAGAGCAAACCCGUUCCAUAACGUCCAUGAACGUUAAUCAUAAUUCCAUACAUCAAUAUUCGUUCUUUAUGUACCUAUAGUCACUGUGCCGGGUCAGACGAGUAAAUGCUUUAUAAACAGACGAAAAAGGAAUAGCACUUAUUCGUAUGACACACAUUGUGCGUGUAAAUAUAGAUAUACUCGUACGAGAAUAAGAGUAAUUUCUCCGAUACAAAAACAAAAAAAACAAAAAAAAAACAAAUUUGACCAAACGCAGCGAUAGGCGAUUUACGAGAAUGAAAGGUGUUUUAACGGGCCAUUAAUUGUUGCUUUAGGUACAUUCUUGUGUUUGCAACCUGCGACUGGUUCGAAAACGGGUCCAUAUUUUAUUUAUUACUAAAUAAAUAAAUAAAUUACUAAUAAAUAAAUAUUGUGUCGUAAUUAGGGCUGUAGCUCAGCUCGUCAGCGUGCACGUGAACGUAAAAUAAAUCCCCGCUGGGAACGCGCCUUCCAUGAUAUUUUCAUACUCGUCGUUUAUUCGUUUACUAUUAUUUCAACGAGUGAAAUUCCCAUUCAAUUUUCAAUCGAACGAACGCUAGAAAACAAGAAUACGCUUUCACUAUUUACUUAUUUGUCACACGUACAGAAUUACGGAAUAAAAUAAUUUAAAAUAAAAAUGAUAAUGUGGAAAUUGAAAACGUAAAAUAUCUACUCGGUUACACCGUCAUUUUUGAACGAAAACUAAUUAAGAUUGUGUCGAUUAAUGUCGAGAGCAUGGUUCGCUUUGAAAUAUCGUAUGCGUUUGAACAUAAUGUUGCUGCUGGUUUUCUCUAUGAAACGUAAACAUUUCAUUUUGAUAAAAUUACACAAUAAAAUAAUGUAUUAUCUCAUCACAUCGGACAACGCAAAAGUUUCAAUGGAAUUGUGACAGGUAAUAGUUAAAUUGAGGUUUUAUCUGUAUUGUAUACAGAAUGCGAUGUUAUCACAGCUGGUUUCACAAAAACAACGACCAUACGUCACAGUCAAACGUGACAGCUACGGAUAUAAAUCAUAUGAUGGCCAGAGACACGUGCCCAUACAUAUGAAACUCACGUGUGACUGAGGAAAUUCUGGACAAGUUUGAACGUGUGAAUAUUUGAAUGUUAAAGUGACCCAAUUUUCCGAAUAUGAUCAUAUUGAGUUUAACUCACUAAGUUUUCCUACAACGACUGACAAUUGUUAUAACACAUAUUAUAUGAUUUCGAUUAUCCGAAAUAAUAUUAACAUUUAUUAUAUAUAAUAUUUUAUAUGUAUAAUAUAUAAUAUAUUAUAAUAUAUAUAUAUAAUAUAUUAUAAAUAUUAUAAUAUACAUAUCCUCUUUCUUUUUCUUCCUUAGAUUUUUGAGAUAUCUAUAUUACUGCGCAAAUUGUAUUCUCACCGCGCGUUUAAUGGCAAACGUGCCCGUACUGCUCGCGAUAUUACAUUAUGCUGAGAUACAUCGCGGUGCUACAUUUGGCGUAAACAAAGGCUUUAGAUGGAGAAACCACAUUGAAUGCAAAAUGUGCGGCGGGGGAGAUUUUAGAGAGAUUCGUCUUAGUUCGCUGAAAUACGAGAUGCUAGCCUGCGCGUAGUGGCCGAUAGUAAAUUGCGCAGCGAUUUUCAUUCGUGAAAAUUCGGCAGUUGUUUCCGGCUUAGCGGUUCUAUGCCGAACCUGCUGAAGUAGUCGAAAUCGUAGUGGAGAAAACGAGGAAAAGAGAGAAGAAAGAUGUGAAUCGCGGUGCUGAACGCUACAUAACACCAAACCGCUGCAUUUCAUGUCAUCCUGAUAUCCCGAGAGAACCAAUUGUAAAGUAAGGAAGAUAAAUUUAUUAGUAAAAUGAAGAUAUCAAGUCUAAUUAUAUCAAUCUUUAAUUUAAAUAACUAAUUAUCGCUUUUUAUCGCGCAGGAUAUAUUAAAAAAUGUGAACCAUGCGAUUAAAGUAAUCAGUAAUCUAACGUUUCUUUUGUAUUUCAUGUAAAAUAAUAAAUAGUGCAUUAAAUAAUGUAUGAUACGGUAAUAAUCGCAAAAAUUGAAAUAAAAUAUAUCUUUCUUGAUAAAUCACGUUAUUAUUCGUCACGCGUGAAUGUAGUGCAACAAUAUAAGCGUUCUAACUAACAAACGUACAAACGUCAACGAAUGUGGAAGUUCGCAAAUUAAGAAAAAUUAUAAUGAGAGAGAGAGAAAGAGAAAAGUAUGUAUUUGUGUGUGUGUGUGUCCGUGUGUGUCGUGAGAAUACUACUGACCCGUCCGCGAUCUAUUCUUGAUUGCUUAAUCGUGAUUAAUUGCGAUUUAGGGCUGUCUAUAAGGAUAAUCGAUCAGUACAGUGCGUCCUGUACACAGCAUGUGUCGUAUGUGAACCACUAUGUUGUUGAUUAACUAUCUGGGUUAUCAUCAACGGCGCUCACGUCCGGUAUCACUGGUGCAUGUGCGUGCGUGAAUCGAUAAUGACAACGCUAGAAUGAAAGGCAUUUCUGAUUUUGUUUUGGAGCGAUCGCUUGAUUACGUCUUAUCGGAGAUAUAUUCUACUCUUAAAAAAGUGUAACAAUUAUUUCAUGCAUUAUCAAGCUUUCUUCUGAGAUAUUUGCAUAGAACGGUUUAUAUCGUUCCUAAGAACGCUAUUAGAAAAAAAUUUGGAUACCAUUCUAGAGUUAACAAUUCGCCGAAAAUAUAACGAAAAAUCGCGAACGUUUAUUCCCGAUUAGAAUAAUUAGCGUAUUAAUCGAGUAAUCGUUUAGCGAGAGACAGUGACCAGGUUUUUCGUUCGUUCCAUUGGGUACUACGUUCGUAUACAGCGUUACGUAUAUUUUGUCUUGGCGUAGGAACAAACCUAUUACGAUGCCUAAGCUGACAAUUAUAAAAUGUACGAGUCGCGUAGGAUAUAUCUAUAUAAUAUAUAACGAUAUAUCAAACGAUAGAUAAUAUUUUGUCGUGAUAAUUGCGCGAGUGCGGCGUAACUUUAUACUUGAGGAAAAGUCGGCAACAGGACUUUGUGAUAAUCGAGUGAGUUUGGAACACCAUCAAGAUAAGGCUGAAAUCUCGAUUAUAUGAAAUCACAGUCCUCUCUCUGACUUCUGUCCCCACUUAGGUAUAAGUAAUAUCAUCGAGAUUAGCGGUUAUGUUAUUAGACGUUACUGUUGAGCUGUCGUUGAAUUACCUAGGAUAGAGAGUAGAGUUUAUUUAUUUUUAUACUGGACACCCUCCCCCAGGUACAGCAGGGUCCGUUGUACCUGAUUGGGCACGUGGAAUACCCAUUACCAAUAAGCGCGACAUUUUUCGGUUAAUUCGAAAUGUAUGCGCGCGCGGUUCAUCAGUUUUCUCCCGUGUUGAUUUUCCGCAGAUAAUUGCAGAUCCGUUUCGAUGCUGAUUAUCGUUAAAAACGCGCGCGCGCGUGCCGUGUCAACUGUUUAAUACUCGAGGCGCGAAACGAAUAAAUGAUAAACGUGCGGAAACGAUAAACGGUAUUAGCGUUAACAAUGCGAACGGUCGAAACGCGAUACGCGAUUAAUGGUACUUUAUCCACUACAAAAUGUAUAAUCCACCGAACGGCCGAAUACCGCUGGUGGUAUAUAUCGGCGGCGGCGGCGGCGGCGUUCGAUUCGAAGACAUUUGUUCCCUCGACGCGCUCGGGGGCGUACGUCGGACUUGUCAAGGGUGGAUUUUUGCCGGACACUGCGUUAUGUGUUUUAGCGAUACGUACGUGUUUUUAGCUAUUAGGAUUAUUUGCACGCGCCAAGUCGCGAAUUGUGGUCCAGGCUUUAACGUAGAAUUUACAUGCAGCGCCACGCAGACCGUUCCCGUUUCCGCCGCGACAGCGAGACGGAACGUCUCGUGUGCGAACAUCGAUCGUACUUUUCUACAUCAUUUUCGCCCUUACUAAAUAACUUAUGGUUGGUCGCUUCGGUCCAAUUUCGUAGUUACAUCUAGAGUCCUUACUCCUCUCUCAGCCUCUUGCGAGCCUCGCGUGCGCGACAGUGGCGUAAAGUCAAGAGCAUAAAUUGUGCAAUGAGUUCGGGAACUUAGGAAAUUUCUAUGAACUUAAUGUGUUACACGAUGUCGAAUUAUAUAUUAAAAGACCGGUAUUAAUAAAACUUAGCGAUAGUAACGUCAGUUAAAAUUUACAACUCACGUUUAGAGAAAGCGUAUUAUUCUCAAUAAUUCCCCAAGAGAGCUAUUAAAUAUAAUACGUUGUCGAACGCUCGUUAAAUUUAUUCGUUAAAUUUAUAAGUGUUAAUACCGUUGCAAAUUUUAAUUCCUCGUAGAGGUUAAUUAGUCUGUUGGAAGAAUUCUAAAGAACGAUGCAUCGGUGUAAUGAAGCGCGUAUAAUUGCGCGAUGACCGUAUACGAAUGUUAGGACGAAAAAUUGCCGGUAAAGCUUCGCUUCUCGCGUGAGUUUAGCUGCAAUUGACACGUAUAUACGCGUACGUAUAUUUGUGUUAAUCCCGUUACGCCACUGUGCAAAAUCGGUGCUUGUUUCAGCGGCUGUUUCAGCGGAAAUCGAUGCACUCGUUCAUGCUCAUCACGCGUACCAUACAUGCCGCGAAUAAAUUUCUCAAAAAGAAAUCGCAUCGAUCGUACGGGGCGACAAGUGACGUUGAAACUUAUAAUUCCCCGUCGUAUUAAAAUGCGCGAAGACGAUAUGUAUUCAUUAUUUCCGCCAAUUCCAAAUUAUCAUCGAGCUCGUAGAAAUAAAGUUUAAAAGCGAUGAAGGAAAAAAUUCGAAUCUCUUGCUUUAACAAGCCAUUGUUCAGAUGCAAGAAUGCAAAUCCCCGAUGAAAAUUAUUUUUAGACUUUUUCUACGAAUUGGAACAUUUUCAGAAAUACUGAAAAAUUCUAUAUUUUUUCUUAGAAUUCUUUAUACAUAUAAAUUCUGAAAUAUUCUAAAUUUGUAUUAAAAAAUUUGACAAAACCUUCUAAAAAAGUUAUAACAUUAUAUUUCAGAAAUUCUGAAAAAUUUUAAAAUUUACAUAAACAAUUCUAAAAAAAUUAUAUGAAAAAUGGAAAUUAUGCUGAGGAUCGUUAACCUGUUAAUAAUACAGUAAAAAUUUUUCUCAAAACUUUUUUUGCAAUUUAUCCGAAUUUUUAUGUAAAUUUCAGAAUUUUUUAAAACUUGUGUAUAAUUUUGUUUUUUAGAAAUUUUCUCAAUUUUAAUUAAAUAUAACAAUUCUGAGAAAGUUUCAUCAGAGAUUCAAAGAGAAAAUAAUUAUCACGCAUAUAAAUUACUAGCGAAAUGCGUUGAUUGAAACGAGUAUUAAGUCAUUAAUAAAUAGUAACUUUACUUUCCCACGAUUUACAUUGCGUUGCACAAGUAUUAUCCCAAUGACAAUUGUUGUCAUAAUUGUGACACCGUAAUCAAAUAUACUUGGAUGAUGGAAUUAUUAAUGCGAGAGUUAUCGAUAAAAUAAGCUUCGAUGAUUUAUGACGGAAUCGCUCUGCACCGUAACAAUCGUUAUCCCGUAACAGUAACGGAUACGUAUCGAUCGUCAUAAACCGCCGUUACUAUUGAUUUUGUUGUCGGGCCUUUCAUUAUUCCGUCGUGAUGUAGUCGCUUGAAACGGGAAGCACGGCGGGCUGUCCGAUGAAAAUAGAAAAUCGGAUAACGUUGCACGGCAAGCCGUUAGCGCUCGUCGAUCCAACCGCACACGUCGAUGCGAUUUCGAUGCAAUUUUCUUAAACGCGAAAAGCCCUUCGUUUGCGAUUUCCAGCCCUUUCCACAAUCACGGAUUGCUGUUGCCGUAUGUAAAAUAAAUUUUCCGAUCGGCGACUCGAUCGCGCUCACAUAUUAACCGCUAUACGAAGACUUCAAGGGUCCAAUCAUGGCUUUGAAUCACAAUCAGCAUAAGUCACGCUAAUACAUAUACGAUACUCCUCACCCUCUUGUAAUCAAGUAAGUCUUAUAUGCAGCUUUAACGAACUCUAAUGCCUAAUUAUAUCCUUUAUGAUAUUCCGCAUUUGUACAUACAUAUUCAUAAACGAUAAACUUAGCGGCAAUUUUAAUUAGAUGCGUUUAAAUUGCCAGUAAAAAAAUAUUCUCUCUUUCAAUAAAAAAAAAAAAGAUUAAUUUAAAAGAUAAAUUUUAUUUCUCUGUGUUUUCAUCAUUAAAUCUUAUUCUUGCGGAACGUCUUAUAUUAUUAUUAUUUUUUACUCUUAAAUUUAUUGAAUAAAUAAUUAGAUAAACCAAUUAUAAAAUUAGUAUGAAUAAUGAAAUAAAUUAGAAUCUCUAAACAGUCGCUAAGUCUUAUUUGCUCGUACAUUAAAGUAAAAUUAUUGUAUAACUGUGCUGAUUUAACGAUCUAUGAAAUUUAAGAGACGCGAAUACAGACGUCUUCCGAUCGUCGCAACGUCAGCACGGUAAUACGCAAUCUAAAUCUCACCCAAUCGCGAACAUUAUCGCUUUAAAAAUAGCCACGAUGUCGAUACAACGCGGUACGUGUUACGAAUGCUCGCAUUCUCACCGCACAUUUAGCGCUAAUUGCUGUCCAUAUGUGAGCUCUUUUAUCAAUCUUAAAAAAAAAGCAAACAAGAAACAGAAACGCAACAAAACACAUUUAGCACUAAAUGAUCGAUGAAGAUACGGACCAAGGUAUCUUUAUAGAACGGAAUACAGGUAGCACUCGCGAUUUGCGCGAUUGCAUAAUGGGCUUCCGGAAACUAAAUUGGGGACGAACGAGAUUACGCCAGAGGUACUCCUCCUCUUUAGCGCGCUGCUGUUUCGCGCGUUUCGGAACGGCCAUUUACGGGAACGCGCAGAUCGUCAACUGCCUGUAACGAGUCCUAAGCUCAUCGUCGUAGCAGGUGCGAAAAAAACGUUCCCCUGGAGCACGUUCCGGUUUUUUGUCGAAACCGCCACGGCGAUCUCUAACGAGACGCAUACGUUUACGUCUGCGGCUUCCAUCUUUCUCGUCGCGAUGAUUUCCGAUGCCCGCGACGAACAGACGUGAUAUCGCGAUUCGCCCGAUAUAACUUUCCGCGUGAUAUAUUGCAGGCGCGCGUACGUGAAAAUCCAUUGUACACAUUCUGCACACUGAUGGAAUGGUUUCUGCUUUGGUACACGAAGAUGGUAUACGAAGAUGUAAGCGCACCCGCCGUGUAAUUUCAUCGUCGCUCUAAUUAUUUGGUAUCUCGGUUAUGCAGUACGGAUAUUCUCGUGAUUCCACUGAAACUCAUUCUCCAAGAUAAUAUGUUCAGUCCGCAAUUUUAUCGACGCGAAAUAUCUUUCGUGAAUAUUAUACAUUCCGAGUUGAUAAUAUUAUUGUAUAUAACAUUUUUAUUUGUGCAAAGAAAACUUUUGCUGGCAUUAAAGAAGUAUUGUUGUUAUACGAUGUAUUUUCAUUAUCGUUUCGUCGCAUUGACAUAAAUACGAUAAUUAUUAUAUCAACCUCUUGCGAACAUAAUUUGACAAAACAUGGAGGAGUUGAAGAUAAACGCGCGAGCGUUAAAAUUAACAAUGCCGUAAUUUAAACGUAAUUAGAUGCGUGUACAAGCAACCGGAACGUGUUUUGAAGACAUACCUGCGUGCAACCGACGAAGGAUGCGACUAAACAAUCGAGCAGUGCCAGUGCAUGUACCACACAUUUGUAUGAUAUACAUACGAUAUAGAGAGGCGUAACAUAAUGUAACGUAUAUGACACGCAUACACUUACUAUGUAUUCCCCCGUAGAAAUAUCGAGGUUGUAAAACAGACGAUAACCGUACGAGUACAUUUAUAUAGAAUGUAUACUGUAAACGAAGUGACUGUGUAAGAGCGGUAUGAUGGACUCGUAACUUGUGACCUAUUUAUAACGUGACCGCCGAGUGCUGAAAAUAUAAAAUGUCUACAUGGUAUACAGUGA